AUCGGAUUCAAGUUAGCCUACCCAAUAGUGUCAUACCCCAGCUGAUGUUACUUUCACAGCUUAUCCACUGAAUUCCAUCUCGUUUUUCUCAUAAUUGCCCAACCGUUAAUUUAUUUGCUGAAAAACGCACGGUAAAACGGUUAGGAUCAAUGGUGAGAGCUCGGUUGUUGGUGUUUCCGAUCAGAGGCAGGAAUUGGUGCUUCAGCCGCUCAGUUGACCCGUCCGCAUGCAAAGCACAAGCGGCCAACACUCCAUCGACGCUCAAUGAGCUCUGGAACAGGAUCUCCAAGCCCACGGACAAGCCUUAUGGGUCUAAGCUUGAACUUCUAAUCGAUUUCGCCACGAAUAAGAUGAGCAACCAGUGGAGCAAUUUGGAAAAGGCACCUGCUGGAAGUUUUAAGAGCAAAAUUCACGGGUUAGGGUUGCGGCUUUUGUCUACUGUUAAACCUUCUGAGAUCUUCUUAAAGUCCAUUUCGAAGGAGGUCGAUAAAGUAGAAAUCACAUAUCCAUCUAGUUUAAAUGACCGACUAGUUCGUCGAAGGCUAAGACACAUUGCCUUCCGGGGAGCGGUUAUUCACAAGAAGUACUUGUAUGGAUCAACUGUUUUGCUUCCAUUGACAUCGGUCUUCAUGGUGCUACCCUUGCCUAACAUUCCUUUCUUUUGGAUCUUGUUCCGUACCUACUCUCACUGGAGAGCUUUGAAGGGAAGUGAAAAUCUUCUCCAAUUAGUUACAGAUUAUGCUGGAAAACAACAUUCCAAUGAAAACACAGCGCUUGAGACAAGAAUUAAGAAAGCUGAUUCAAAUGAAAACUGCAAUGCCCUAAGCUCUUCAUGGGUUUUAAUCCCGUCGGAGGAACUCCAGAAACUUCUUAACCAAAGUAAUACAACAGAUGGUCUAAGUGAAAGCACACUAUCUGCAAUAUGCCAAAGAUAUAAUUUGAACUUGAUUGAUGUUGUUAAGUACCGGAGUUCACUUUAGGUUGGAUGUGUUUCUAUUGAUAGCGGCUCUAGGUUUCAUAUCGGUUUUCUGAGUACACCUUGUUGUCUCUUUAGAUGUUUUUGGCUGAGAGCUCAAAGAAGAACAAUGCAUUUCUUACAAAUAAUGCUUUUUGCAGUUAGCAUCAGGUCAUUGGCUCCAGCAAGUUUAUCUGUUUGUGUUCAACAGAUUCAAUAGUUGCUUUUUGCGAAUGGCUUAACUCCUAAUAAUUGAUAGCAGUUUGGUAAU